AUGAAUUCCCUUCUAACACAACACUCCUCAACCCUCUCUUUCUACCUGAACGGAACCCCUAUAUCCCUGUCGAAUCCGAACCCGCACUGGACCCUGCUCGAUUUUAUUCGCUCGCAACACGGUCUGAAAGGCACAAAGCUGGGUUGCGGUGAGGGAGGAUGCGUGGUCGGAAAACAUGUCAUCACCAUCGAAGGACUGGGAAACGUGGACAAUCCGCACCCGUUGCAGGAGAGAUUGGGCAAGUUGCAUGGAUCACAAUGUGGAUUCUGCACCCCCGGCAUCGUCAUGUCCCUAUACGCCGUGAUCCGCAACGCCUACGACCCUACAACCGAACAAUUCGUGCUAUCCGAAGACGAGAUCGAAAUGAAAGGCCACCUAGACGGAAACCUGUGUCGAUGCACGGGAUACAAGCCGAUCCUGCAGGCCGCGAAGACGUUUGUGCAGGAGGAUCUAGGCGGCAAUGUGGAUUUCAAAACCAAGAGUGCAUCGUCCGACUUGGAGAAAGAGAUUACAGCUGGACUUGAGGGUGCAAGUCUGCAAGGAGAUAAAGCAUCUGCGUCUUCUGGGCCAUGCGGACGAGCAGGGGGAUGCUGUCGUGACUCGCCAGGUACUCCCUGUUCAUCGAGUUCCGGGACAAGUAAGACGGAGAGUGAAAGCGUCGGUCGGACCCAGGAGACAGAGUUGUCGAGCGUGGAGUCCGGGCCAGGGUCACGGAAAUCUUCGAUCCAGCAGUUCGUCUUCAUCCCGUAUACACCCAAAACAGAGUUGAUCUAUCCGCCUGGUCUCUCAAACUUCACGCCGGAGAUACUAGCCUACGGGACGGACGAAAAGGUAUGGGCGAGGCCAGUCACGAUCCAACAAACGCUGCAGAUCCUGUCACAGUAUCCUUCUGCCCGGUUGGUCGGCGGAGCAAGCGAGGUGCAAGUGGACAUUCGAUUCAAGGGCACAGAGUUUCCGUUGUCGAUCUUCGUUGGAGACAUCGAGGAGCUAGCGCAGAUCUCAACCACGGAGAAGGAUUCAGUGGUAACAGAGCUCGUGGUCGGCGGUAACGCAAGUCUCAGCAAUGUUGAAGCUGAAUGUCAUCGACUCAUCCCAUCUCUCGGUCAACGUGGAUCCGUCCUCGAGGCUAUCGCCAAGGUGCUUCGAUACUUCGCCGGACGGCAGAUCCGUAACGCGGCGAGUCUGGCAGGGAAUAUAGCCACUGCGUCCCCAAUAUCCGAUAUGAACCCGGUGCUCCUGGCCACGAACGCCACGGUGGUGGCACGGACAGUCAAAGGGGAGCAAGCCCUGCCGAUGAAGAGCAUGUUCCUAGGCUACCGCAGGACGUCUCUCCCACCAAGUAGCGUCAUAACAGAAAUCCGAGUCCCGCUACCUCCUCCAGGAACGAAGGAGCUAACAAAGUCCUACAAACAAGCGAAGCGCAAGGACGAUGACAUUGCCAUCGUGACAGCUGCGUUUCGAGUGCGUCUCGACGACGAGUUCAAGGUCACCGACGUGGCAUUGGCAUACGGCGGAAUGGCACCGACCACAGUUCUCGCCAAACAAGCCACGCAGUAUCUAAUUGGCAAGAAAUGGGGCGACGAGCAAGUCCUCGACAAAGCGCUGGAAACACUCUCAAGCGACUUCAACCUCCCGUACAGCGUCCCCGGCGGCAUGGCAACCUACCGAAGAACCCUAACCCUCAGUCUUUUCUUCCGGUUCUGGAAUGAAGUGAUCUCGGAAUUCCAGCUUGGAACAACAGAGAACAUGGAUGAAAUCCAUCGAAAGAUCUCAUUUGGAACACGCGACGACUUCAAUCCCUACGAGCAACGUGUCGUCGGAAAGCAGCUACCUCAUCUCUCGGGAUUGAAACACACAACCGGUGAAGCAGAAUACAUCGACGACAUGCCCCCUCAAAGCCGAGAAAUGUACGGCGCCAUGGUUCUGUCGCAACGCGCACAUGCCAAGCUCAUUUCUGUCGACUGGACUCCUGCCCUGGGGCCCGGUCUGGCAGCAGGAUACAUCGACAAACAUAGCAUCCCUGCGAAUAAGAACCGCUGGGGAUCGGUAGUCCGGGACGAGCCGUUCUUCGCCGAAGAUGAAGUCUUCUCGCAUGGUCAGCCGAUCGGUAUGGUUUAUGCGGAGACGGCGCUGCAGGCACAGGCUGCUGCAAGGGCAGUCAAAGUGGUGUAUGAGGACCUUCCUGCUAUCCUGACCAUUGACGAAGCGAUUGAGGCGAAGAGCUUCUUUAAGCACGGGAAGGAGCUGCGGAAGGGAGCACUUCCGGAGAAGAUGGAUGAUGAAUUUGCAAAAUGUGAUCGGAUUUUCACUGGCACGACGCGAGUCGGUGGACAAGAGCAUUUCUAUCUGGAGACGAACGCUGCAAUGGUGAUCCCUCAUGUCGAGGAUGGGUCUAUGGAAGUAUGGUCUUCGACACAGAAUACGAUGGAAACCCAGGAGUUCGUCUCGCAUGUCACCGGCACACCCUCGCAUCGCAUAAACGCUCGCGUGAAGCGAAUGGGAGGCGCAUUCGGUGGCAAAGAAUCCCGCAGUGUACAGCUUGCCUGUCUUCUCGCUAUCGCGGCCAAGAAGGCCCGUCGACCUAUGCGCGCCAUGCUCAACCGUGAUGAGGAUAUGAUGACAUCUGGCCAGCGACACCCAAUUCAGUGUCGCUGGAAAAUAGGUGUGAUGAACGACGGACGCCUUAUGGCGCUGUCUGCAGACUGCUACAACAACGCCGGCUACUCGCUCGACAUGAGCGGCGCAGUCAUGGAUCGAUGCUGCACACAUCUCGACAACUGCUAUCAUAUCCCCAACGUGGACAUCCGGGCCUGGGUCUGCAAAACCAACACACACAGUAACACCGCUUUCCGUGGGUUCGGUGGCCCCCAGGCAAUGUUCAUCGCGGAGAGCUACAUGUCCGCCAUCGCCGAAGGACUAUCCAUCGACAUCGACAACUUACGGAAGAUCAACCUCUACAAGCCCGGACAGAGGACACCAUUCCUCCAAACCAUCGACAGUGACUGGCACAUUCCUAUUUUGCUCGAACAACUCGCUCACGAUUCCGACUACGCGAACCGAAAAGUCCUGAUCGCCAAGUUCAACGCUACGCACAAAUACCGCAAACGCGGCAUCAGUUUAGUCCCGACGAAGUUCGGCAUCUCCUUCGCCACAGCGCUCCAUCUCAACCAAGCCACCGCCGCAGUGAGGAUAUACACUGACGGUUCGGUCCUACUACACCAUGGAGGUACAGAAAUGGGCCAGGGCCUAUAUACAAAAAUGGCACAGGUGGCUGCACAAGCCCUGAACGUGCCGUUCGAUAGCAUCUACACCCCGGAUACAUCAUCGUAUCAAUCUGCCAACGCCUCGCCCACCGCUGCCUCAUCAGGUAGCGACCUAAACGGCAUGGCUGUGCAGCACGCCUGCGACCAGCUAAACGAACGGCUUGCUCCAUAUCGGGCAAAGUUUGGCAAAGACGCAGAUAUGCAUACGAUCGCGCACGCCGCAUACAUUGAUCGCGUGGACCUCUCUGCCACGGGGUUCUGGAAAAUGCCCACGAUCGGAUAUCAAUGGGGGAAUUAUGAUCCGAAGACUGUUAAGCCGAUGUAUUUCUACUUUACUCAGGGAGCGGCAUGCACGGAAGUUGAACUCGACCUCCUAACAGGCGACCACACAGUCCUCUAUACAUCGAUAAAAAUGGACGUCGGAAGAUCCAUAAACCCAGCCAUCGACUACGGGCAAGUGGAAGGAGCAUUCGUGCAAGGCCAAGGACUGUUCACAAUGGAAGAAUCCCUCUGGACCAGUUCCUCGGGCCAACUAGCAACCCGAGGACCGGGGAACUACAAGAUCCCUGGAUUCAGCGACAUCCCGCAAGAGUUCCACGUGAGCUUUUUGAGGGACGUGGAGUGGAAGAAUCUGCGGUCGAUUCAGUCAAGCAAAGGCAUUGGCGAGCCGCCGCUUUUCCUGGGUUCGACGGUGUUGUUUGCGUUGAGGGAUGCGUUGAAGGCAGCGAGGGGGGCGAAUGGGGUUGUCGAGCCGUUGGUGUUGGAUAGUCCGGCGACGGCGGAGAGGUUGAGAUUAGCUGUUGGGGAUAAGUUGUUGGAGAGAGGGAAGGUGGUGAGUAAGGAGGGAGAGAAGGGGUUUUUUGUUACUGUUGCUUAGAGUCGUGUUUUUUAUUAGGUGUAAAUAUCCUGGAUGAGCUCAUUGCUUAUUUCCUACAGCUCAAGACACUGACCAAUCUAGGCGUGGAGUAUAGUAUCGUAGGUUUCACUUAUAGAAAUUCGGUU